AUGAGUCGCUCGCUCUCGUUCCUUCGCUUGGUUAAUAAUCCUCAAGUUGCAUCAAAUACAUACAACCUUCAUAUUCUCUGCUAUGUGAAAGCAAACGCAUCUGCCAAACGAGCGGGCGUGACAGCUGUCGAAAACGACAGGGUGGAUGUCUCAACAGCGGCCGUUCCCCGCGACGGAGCAGCCAAUCUCGCUGUUUCACAGAUAUUUGCAGAGAUCUUCCAAGUCCCGAAGUCAAAUGUCGAGGUACUUCGUGGUGCUAAAGCACGCGCAAAGACACUGUGCAUUACAGAGUUGACGAUCGGAAACGACAGCGAAGAGCUCUUCCUUAAAAAGUCAAUGCAAAGACUUAUCGACGCGGCUCAAAACAACGCCGGAUCAAAAUAG